AACCAGAAAGAAAAUAGAAAACCAGAAGCUCUUAAGCAAAUCCUAGUAAUGACACACAAAUCAUAUGACCCUGAAAUAUGCCAAAAAACUGAAUAUAAGAUCAAAAAAUUAGUAAUUAAAAGAGAAAA